UGUCGUUUGUGGUGUGGUGGUGGCUGUGGUACAAUUUUUGUUUGUUUUCAUAAUUGAUUAAGGAUUGCGUAUCACUUGCGCAUUUCUGAAGUUAAAAUAAUAAAAAAUCCUUAAAAAUGAGUCAAACUAUAAACGUGGAACAGUUAAACUCCGCGCUUACUUCUCUCAGAACUCUUCGCUCAAGUGUCAGUCAUGUGUUUGAAACCUUAUCAAAUGGCCUCCGCGCCGACCACGGCGAAGAUGGCAAAGAUAAGUUCCUCCUCGAACUGCAGGAACUACUCAACAAUGUGAACAUCAAUUUGAGAGACUUAGAACAAACAGUGAACGGCCUACCAAUACCCACAGCGCCAUUUAAUCUAGGCAAUACGACGUUUUUGAGUCAAGAGACUACGCAGGAUCGACAGGCUCUGUACACUCAACUGGUGAACAGUUACAAAUGGACGGACAAAAUACACGAAUACUGCUCCUUCGCAAACACAUUACUGAGCCAGAAUUCACUGAAAAGGUCUUACAUAAACUCGGGGAGUACUAAACGCCGCGGCAAGCUGCAGAGUAACCACAAUGUAGCACCUCAUCAGGUAGACAAUGUCAUAAACAACAUAGACCGGUCGUACGGAGCUAUGAAAAUCACUAUAUCCCGCCCUUUCGCUAGCAAUGCUGUUGUACAAAUUAAUUUGAGCCACGUUUUAAAAGCAGUUGUUGCAUUUAAAGGCUUACUUAUGGAGUGGGUUAUGGUCAAAGGCUGCGGCGAGACGUUGGACUUGUGGACAGAAUCUCGGCAUCACGUUUUCCGGAAGGUGACAGAAAAUGCUCAUGCCGCAAUGCUGCAUUUUUAUUCACCAACAUUACCAGAGUUAGCAGUCAGAUCAUUUAUGACAUGGUUGCACAGCUAUGUCAGUCUUUUCAAUGAUGUGUGUAAGAGGUGUGGCUGUCAUUUACAUCAUACGUCAAUGCUGCCACCCGCUUGGCGUGACUUCCGCACCCUGGAACCAUUUCACGACGAGUGCAAGCAAUAGUUAAUGUGGUAUUGAAUGGGAAAGCUUGGAACGCCGGUCACAUUGCUUGUGUUGCAGCUUUCUCCUUCAAUAUAAAAAGUGUUUAUAUUGACAGUUUGUGUAAUUUAAGUGUAAAAGUUAUAUUAUGUGUGAAGCAGUUUAUAUAUUGAACUAGCAGUAGCUUGUGAAAUUUUCAUAUGAACCCUGACUUCAUAGAACAAAAAAUAUUCUAAUGAUCUUUCCCCCAUUUUCCAGAAGUUUCUUAAAUCCCUUGGAGUUUAUCUCAACUUCCAUGAUUAAUUUUAGGAUGUUUCAGUAGUUUAACCUGGUUGACUGAACAUGUUAGUCAAUGAUCCUUUUAUAAUAAUAUAUUAUAUAGAUAAGUAGUUCUUAAGUUAUGCAAAAUGUGUAAUAAUAAUACACAUAUUAUAAUAUAUCAUCAUUUAUAAUCAUGUGAUUUGUAAAUAGCAAUUUAAUUUUUUGUAGUGGGCUAAAUGAUAUAGUCUUUGAAGAUGAAUUUUCAUGUAGUUAUCAUGAGAGGUCCACAGAUUCAAUAUCUAUAAUGUUGCACUGUUAUUAUACCUGUAACAACCCUAUUACACAGACGAUCAGUCAUUCGUUCAGCUCACGGAAGAUCGUUAAAACUUGGCAAUUAGUUGCUCUCUGCUCAGUAUUGGUAACAACUUGCAGGCUCUACAGGUUGCUGGUUAAAAAAUUAUUACUGUUUUUUGUUAAUUAAGAUGUAUAAUACACUACAGAGGUGAUCAUUGUAUAUCUGUUGUAGACUAUUCUAAAGAUCAGGUGAUAGUUUUAAGCUGUUCUACAAGCAUAUACAAUACAUAUAUAAAUUGAGAUAUCUAUAAUGACAAGUAAAAUAAUUUAUUCACCGUAUUUUGAGUUUUGUACAUUAAAAUUUUUCCUGUUACAUGAUUAAUCAUAAUCUAAGUUUCUUUUUUAUCUAUAUGACUAGGACUUUUUUUUCAAUCUGUUAAUUGAAUAUUUAAUCACCUCACACAGAUUAUGUCAGUAUUGGAGAUACUUUGCCAGAGGUGCUGCAUUCCUUAAGUUCAAAUAGAUUUCCAUAUGCACUUGUAUAAAAGUACUAUGUAAUAAUUUAUAAGACUUUGUGUAAAAUAAAACUAAAUUUAUAUUUGUG